AUGAACAAUUGGUUUUAUAUGAAUCGAAUGACAUUCACAAGUCUUCUUCACGAUGAAUUAGGCCCAAAUCUUGCUGGAAAAUUAUUAUCAUUCGAUUUUGAUCAUCCAGUAUCAUUUAUGAUCGGUAAAACAGCGGAUGAAAUUUUAACAAAAAUUCAAGAAACAUUUAGUCGUCAAAUUUGCGGUAAAAUAAUCUGUCAUCGUGAUUGUGUAUUAUGCUCAUUGAGUCUACCAACUUAUGCAAAAUUAAUUUGGUUUGUUCAACGGUUACUUAUAAUGAGUCCAUUACAUCAACCUUUCACUAAACGAAUAUCAUUAUCAAAGGAAAAUUUUUCAUUUAUCGCAGAAAAAGUGGAAACAAAUGAUAUAAAUAUAGAAAAACAUGAUGAGACAACAUCGGCUAAGUCAAAUAAUUCAAAUGAAGACUUCCCCGAAAACACAACAAAAAUAUUAAUCAUGCUCUGUUUUGCCUAUUUUCUUUUUUAUGCUUUGUUCAAGGUCUGA